GGAAAAAAUAACCCUGAAGUUCCCUGCGAUCAGCUGAUCAACACUGACAACAAGGGGAGAAGGAGAAGAGCUUGGGGCUGGCCCUCAUACCUCCCGAGGGUAUCAGGUCUUCAUGGUGGGGCUCAGACACGACGGGAGUUAAGCCUUAUUUCUGCGGAGAAGAGGAAGGAUCCCCUCCACCUACCCACCCCGAUGCUUGCCGCUAAGAGGAGGAGGAGAUUACUUAGUCACUAAGACUUGCAGGGAGGAAGAGGAAGGUGCCUGCUGUUUUAUAAACAAUAGAUCAGGCUAUUGGGCGCCUGUUUUGUUCCUUGGCAUGGUUUGUCAUCUCGUAUAUUCGGUUUCUCCCUCCACCCCAAUAAUCUUGUGUACAGGAAGAUUUACUAGUACUUGAUAAGAAAUAGUAUUUAGCAUAACAAUACUUUCCUACUGCGGUUUAAAGUAAAUGAAGUAAGCAACCCGUUAGAUAUGCUUUUUGUCCUUAUUUAGAUUAUACUGACAGGGGGGUAUUUAUUGUACUUUAAGGCAAAGUCUUGCCUUGGAAGCAAGGGAGCCACAAGUGUAAACAGCAAAGCUACACUCUUACUGGAACCUCUUGCCCUCUCCCCAGCUGGCUUAAAGAUUGCUUAAAUAAGUUUGAAAUGAUUGUUACUGCCUUGAUUUAAGGCAUUUCAGAGAAAAGAUCUGGUUUGCAUUUUAGAAAUGUAUCUGACCCUUUCCCCCCCACAUAUCUAAGUUCAUUGUGUCUUUAAGCCCAGAGUUCAUUUGGAACUGUCAUUAAUAUUGGAAGGCUCCAGUGUUUACAUUUCUUAGAAAAACAAAAAAUAUCAUGAAACCAUUGUAGCAGUGGUCAUGGGGAAUCAAGACUGAUACAUACCUUAAGAGAAACACCAACAUUUGCUGAGUUGAUUUUAGUCUGUUGGAAAACCAAUGUACAUAUCUGUUAAAGCAACAAUUUUAUAAAGCUAACAGUAAAUUCCUAAAAAUGAGUGCCCAGCCUCCAACAGCAGAUAAGGGGUUGAAUACUGCCCUUUUGUGCCAGGAAAGCUAUGCUUGCAGUGGCGCAGAUGAAGCAACCUUUGAGUGUGACGAGUGUGGCAGCCUGCAGUGCCAGCGGUGUGAAGAAGAACUGCAUAGGCAGGAAAGGCUACGAAACCAUGAACGGACCCGAAUUAAAGCUGGCCAUGUCCCGUACUGUGAUACCUGCAAGGUUGCUGGUGGGACUAUCAUGCAGAGCAAUGUUGCAAGCUCCAGACAGAGGGCAGCGGUAAGGUGCCAAGCGUGCAAAAUUAACCUGUGCGUAGAGUGUCAGAAGAGGACUCAUGCUGGUGGAAACAAGAGAAAACACCCCAUUACCGUAUAUCAUGGCAGCAAAUCUCAUGAAGAGGAAGAGGAGAUGGACGAGGAGGCCAAAAGGAAGAAGAUGACAGAAAACGUUGUAAGCUUCCUGCUGGUGGAUGAAACAGAGGAGAUACAGGUGGCAAAUGAAGAAGAAUUUAUCAGGAAACUGGACUGCAAGCCUGACCAGCAUGUAAAAGUGGUGUCUAUCUUUGGGAAUACUGGAGAUGGCAAAUCUCACACCCUCAACCACACCUUCUUCUAUGGUCGUGAGGUCUUCAAAACCUCUCCGGCCCAGGAGUCUUGUACAGUCGGGGUUUGGGCAGCCUAUGACCCUGUUCAUAAAAUGGUGGUGAUUGACACAGAGGGUCUUCUUGGGGCUACGGUGAACCUGAGUCAGAGGACCCGGCUGCUUUUGAAGGUCUUAGCCAUUUCGGACCUCAUCAUCUACCGCACUCAUGCUGAUAGGCUUCACAAUGAUCUCUUCAAAUUUCUUGGAGAUGCUUCGGAGGCCUACCUAAAACAUUUCACCAAAGAGCUGAAGGCCACCACAGCCCGUUGCGGUCUGGAUGUUCCGUUGUCCACUUUGGGUCCUGGAGUCAUUAUCUUCCAUGAGACUGUGUACACACAGUUACUGGGUGCUGAUCACCCUUCUGAGGUGCCUGAGAAACUAAUCCAGGAUCGUUUCCGGAAACUCGGCCUCUUCCCGGAAGCCUUCAGCUCAAUCCAUUACAAAGGAAUAAGGACACAGAACCCCCCAACGGAUUUCUCAGGACUCCGGCACGCUGUGGAGCUACAGCUGGAAAACAAUACCACCCGUUCUCCCCGGCCUCCUGGAGUUAUCUACAAAGCACUGAAAGCAUUGAGUGAUCGGUUCUGCGGUGAGAUCCCAGAUGAUCAGAUGGCCCACAGCUCCUUCUUUCCGGAUGAGUAUUUCACCUGUUCUUCUGUUUGUCUCAGCUGCGGGUGUGGAUGCAAGAACAGCAUGAACCAUGCAAAAGAAGGGGUGCCUCAUGAAGCCAAGAAUCGCUGUAGAUACACCCAUCAGUAUGAUAACAGAGUGUUUACCUGCAAGGCCUGUUACGAACGUGGGAAUGAGGUUAGAGUGGUGCCCAAGACGUCUGCUUCUACCGAUUCCCCUUGGAUGGGUCUUGCCAAGUACGCCUGGUCAGGGUAUGUGAUUGAGUGCCCCAACUGUGGAGUCGUGUACCGCAGCCGGCAGUACUGGUUUGGCAACCAGGAUCCCGUGGACACCGUGGUGAGGACAGAGAUUGUGCACGUCUGGCCAGGAACGGAUUGCAGUCUGAAGGACAACAACAACGCUGCGCAGCGCCUCAUCGAUGGGAUGAAUUUCAUGGCACAGUCAGUGUCUGAACUGAGCUUGGGGCCCACAAAAGCUGUGACCUCUUGGCUGACGGAUCAGAUCGCUCCAGCCUACUGGAAACCCAAUUCUCAGAUUCUGAAUUGCGGGAAGUGUGGCAUAUCUUUUAAAGACAACGACACCAAGCACCAUUGUCGGGCUUGCGGAGAAGGUUUCUGUGACGGGUGUUCCUCCAAGACCCGGCCUGUCCCAGAACGUGGCUGGGGGCCCACACCUGUGCGGGUUUGCGACAGCUGCUAUGACAGCAGGGGCUUUCAGUUAGGUAAUCCCGCCCUGACCAUAUUAGAUGUGCCUGAGGCGCCAGCAGAAGAAGAAGGGGGGACAGUGAUUGCCAGGAAGGUUGGUGAAGCUGUGCAGAACACUCUUGGGGCUGUCGUAACUGCCAUUGACAUCCCACUUGGUCUUGUGAAGGAUGCGGCCAGACCCGCCUACUGGGUGCCCGACCACGAAAUCUUACACUGCCACAAUUGCCAGAAGGAAUUCAACAUCAAGCUGUCGAAGCACCACUGUCGUGCCUGUGGCCAGGGGUUCUGUGAUGAGUGCUCGCACGAGCGCAGAGCCGUCCCUUCCCGUGGCUGGGAUCAUCCUGUCAGAGUCUGCUUUAAUUGCAAUAAAAAGCCUGGUGACCUUUAACCCCACCUACCUUUCUGGGUCCUCCGUAACACCUUAGCUUCUCAGGGUUAGACAAACGAAACAUCACUGUUUUUAACAUUUCACAGCCAGAGUGCAUGCUUCGGAUCUCUGGCCCCUUUUUCACAUCUGGAUUUCAAUAAGGUGGUUGACCAGCCAACAGCUAAGACAAAAACUCAAUUUCAAACUGGUCUUGAAGGCUGGGAUUGGGUUGCGGGGAGAAGCUUGCAGUAAAGUGAGGAAUCCAAAACCCAGUGUAUUAUAUACCUGUUUAAAAAAAAAAGUAUGUAUCUCUAUAUCUCUAUAAUUUCGUAUACUAAGAAUGCAGCUGGCUGAUGAAGCAUUGAUGAUAUACAGUAAGAAGUUAAAACAAGCAAAGGUGAAAUGGAACUUUUUUGAAGUGUAAUGGGUCAAACACACAGCCUCUUGAGUGCCUUGGAAUUCUUUUGUGUAAAAGCAUUUUGCUGCUUAUGGCAUCAUAGAUUUACAAAGGCUUUGAUCAGCUUGAAAUAACCAUCGUUCAUGGUUCCUGUUAUUGGAUGGGGAGUGCCAGGCCUUUCGGUCUGUCCCCUUGCAAGUCCCAUAUUUAUUUUAUCUCAGCCUGUUUCUGUUCCGUUUAUAGGACCUUACCAUCCCAAGCGUAGGAGUUGUACCAGGGCUGAAAACAUCCAGAGAAAAUAGGACGAAUGCCUUGUCUUUGCUUGGAGCUGCUCUGUUCAGGUCCUGAUGAAAGUUGUGCUGCUACAGAAAGGAUUAUAAGCUUUUGAGAUCUUGGGAGGGCCCUGCACGAAAUGCAGCAGAAAUUUAGGGAAAAUCAACCGAUGUGGCACUAAGUUCUACAAGCAGCUAUUUCAGCUUCACUUUGGGCUGAUGAGGCCUUAUUCUACUUGUCCACGUUCCUAUGUGCUUGAUUUUUCUUGAGACAGACUCAUUUCUCCAACAAAAGUUUCCAGGUGAAGCGCAAUGGUAAAUACUAGGCAAGCUUCCAUUUCUUGCAGUAUGGCAUUUGCUUAGCAACUUAGUCAUUAGUCUUCUGUAUACUGACAUGGAUAGAUUCUUAGAGGUGUCUGUGUGAACUACCCUUAAAGCACUCAAAUGUAACCAACUGGAAAACAUCAAUGUUAUCCUGAGCUCAACAGCAGAUGACUUUGGGGCCUUAUUCUUUUUUUUUAACAAGCCCUGCAUUGAACCACUUUGAGACAGUGAUCAAACCACUGAGUAAAAUUAUAGCAUUAGGUUUUUCUGUGGAUCUUGGCUUCCAUGAUAACAAACAAGAGACCCUCAGAAGAACGAACCCCUUCCUCGUUUGGGCUCCUAUGAGUAUUGCACAUUCCUCUGAUGGAGAUUGGUCUUCACUCAUAAUGGCUGAAGUUUGGCAUGAUAUCCUGGCACUGUUGUUUCUCCCGCCUAUUAAGUAUAUCCUUGUAUUCCUUGAUGAUUGAAACCCUAUUUUAGAACUGUACUAUUAAAUUAAGUGCUAUAAAGGACUAUCCCUUCUGAACAAGUGUGCCGACUUCUUCUAUGUACCUACCUAAUCUUGCUCUGUCGCUGGAAGGAAGAGACAGUUUCUGGCUUGCAUGCCAAAACAGACCUGGAUUACGUAGUAGUAAAUUCCUGCUAUCUGAACCCCUAUAGGGGUUAAUAUAUAUUUUGUAACUAGAAGCUGACCGUUUUUUUCCCAAGGGGUAGAAGUGGGGAACGAGUCCUCUUGUAGAGAUUUUUCAGCCUAGGUACUGCACUUUGAAGUGUUUUUGAUUUGACUCUGUGGUGGAAAAUACAAGUGGAACUUGUUUGUAGUCCCUGCCCUGUGUGUUCGUCAUGCAUGUAGCUAUUCUGCCAUGUUAUUGCACAUACAAAAACCAUCCCUGACAUUCCUUGUAUAAAGUCUUCAGUUGUAAGCUUCUGUUUCA